CUUGACUUGGGUGGUUUAAAGGAGCAGUAGUGCGAGUCUCACAGCAUUACUGCAGAAAGUAACCCUCAGUGCUAGUCCUGCCGCACUGGUCAUCAGUCACCAUGACCUUCACAGUUCCACUCACCGUCCUGAUGCUGGCUGUCUCUGGUUUGGAAGCCGUUUUGAUCCUGACCCAGGAGAAGUCUCUUUCUGUGUCCCCUGGCUCAAAUGUAAAAAUAUCCUGCAUUUCCAGCAAAAGCAAUUGGCACAUGUCUUGGUAUCAAAAGAAGCCAGGAAGCAGCCCUAGGUUCUUGAUUUUCGGUUCAACUCGAGCAACUGGAUUGGAGAGCAGGUUCACAUAUUCCAAGACCGACAACAUCUAUCUGCACAUCGAUAAGGUGACUGCUGAGGAUGAAGCUGUGUACUACUGUGCCUGUGCUGACUGUGGCGCAGACAACACCUUUGGAGGGGGCACAAUGUUGAAUAUCGCUCGCGCCUCGUCUCCCCCCGCACUGACCCUGCUGCCCCCAUCCCAGACGGAGCUGUCCAAGGGCGGGGCCACCCUGGUGUGCCUGGCCCAGGGCUUCCACCCGGACUCGCUGACCGUGACCUGGACGGAGGACGGCGGCGCCGUCGCGGGCGGCGAUGUCCGGACCGGCGAGGCCCAGCGGCGGUCCGACGGGACCUACUCCGCCAGCAGCCUGCUGACGCUGACGGCCGACCGGUGGCGCUCCGGCCGCUCCUACGCCUGUCAGCUGACCCACCCCGCCCUCACGGCCCCGCUGAGUCAGGCUCUGACCCAGGCGGAGUGCGCCAGUCAGGGCUAGCAGGACGCUCAGAUACCGGCUUCAUCACCAGCUUCUUCAUGUAUUAAACAGCUCACGAGCUUUCGUGUAGUGUUCAUUAGUGUUCGCCUUGCAUUUCUGAUACAUCUGGCUUGCUCAUAGCAUUGAAUAAUUUCACAUAAGAAUGUAAGAGUGUUUAAUCCUAUUGAUAUUGGUUUGUUGAAUGUUGAAUAACCCUCGUAUCAUGCUACUGAUUGAAUUGGCCUUCUGCGAGUUUUAACAGAUUUGUGUGAAGAAGUGGCGAACCCUAGUGGCGACUGUUUGAGAAAUUGCUAAUAAAUCAUGAUAAAACAUUA